CACUUCCAGCCUCCAGGCACCAUCCAAGGAGGCGACGGGUCUCCCAGAGCGGUCCCGGGGGCCGGCGGGAGGCGGCGCCCUGCUGGGGCGGCCUUGGGGCCCUGGGACCUGGCCAACGAGGCGGCCUGGCUGCGGGAGCCCUGCGAGGAGCCCGAGGACGACGUCGGCGCCGAGGAGGAGGAUGAGGAGGAGGGGGACGAUGCCGAGGACGGCCGGGACGAGGCCGGCGGCUGGUGGCGGAGCCCUGACGGCGCCUUCUCCAAGCAGGUGCUGCGCCGGGGCCGGGGCCUGGCGCGGCCGGGGCCGGGAUCCCGCUGCCGGGUGCUGCUGGAGGCGCCGGCGGCGACGGCACCGGCGGCGGCGGCCGGCCGCUGGGUCGCCCUGCGCCUGGGCACCGCCGAGGGCGCCUGGGCGGCCGCCGUCGACGCCUGCCUGGAGACGAUGGCGGCGGGCGAGCGGGCCCGGCUGCGGCCGGCCGCCGCGGCGGCCGCCGUGGGGCUGCGCCUGGCCGCCUUCGCCCCGGCGCCCGAGCCCUGGGAGCAGCCGCCGGGCGAGCUCUGGGCGGCGGGCUGGCCCGCAAGGCCCGCGCCGGGCGGCUCUUCGGCGCCGGGGCGGUGGCGGCGGCGGCCCCGGCAGUACGGGGCCGCGCUGCGGCUGGCGGUGGCCGGCGCGGGACGGCCGCCGCUGGCCCCGGAGCGGGCCGGCCUCAAGGCGGACCUGCACGCCAACCUGGCGCUGUGCCAGCUGCGCCUGGGCCUGCCGGCGCCGGCGGCCGACAACUGCGCCAAGGCGCUGGCCCUGCGGCCCGGCCACCUCAAGGCUCGCUACCGCCGCGGGCUGGCGGCCGCGGCCUUGGGCGACCUGGAGGCGGCCGCCGACGACCUGGCGGCGGUGGCCCGGGCCCGGCCCGGCGACGGGGACGCCCGGCGCGAGCUGCAACGCGUCGGGCGCCGGGCCCGGGAGCGCGACGCCCGCCUGGCGCAAACGCCUCCGGCCCCUCUUCGCCUCCGGCGCUAACGAGGCGCCGCUUCGUUAGCUGGAGGCCCUCCGCCUGCGGUUGCCGCCCGGCCCUAAUCUGCCCGGCAACCGUCACCCUGGAAGGGAGCCCGUCCGGGGAGCGGUUGCCGCCCGGCCCUAAUCUGCCCGGCAACCGUCACCCUGAAGGGAGCCGUCCGGGGAGCGGUUGCCGCCCGGCCCUAAUCUGCCCGGCAACCGUCACCCUGGAAGGGAGCCCGUCCGGGGAGCGGUUGCCGCCCGGCCCUAAUCUGCCCGGCAACCGUCACCCUGGAAGAGAGCCCGUCCGGGGAGCGGUUGCUGCCCAGCCCUAAUCUGCCCGGCAACCGUCACCCUGGGAGGGAGCCCGUCCGGCGAGCGGUUGCCGCCCGGCCCUAAUCUGCCGGCAACCGUCGCCCUGGAAGGGAGCCGUCCGGGGAGCGGUUGCUGCCCAGCCCUAAUCUGCCCGGCAACCGUCACCGUGGAAACAGACUUUUGGGGGUUUUGGUGGGGGUGCUCCCGCUCCGGGGUAAUAAAAAGGUUGAGGUGUAA